UUAUUUAGCAACACAUCACAAAAUACUCAAAGUAGUUUGAAUUUCAUUUGUGAGGGAGCUCCGGCCGGUCCAUCCAUCGAUAGAGACCUCAUUUUAUCCUUUUUACAUUAGUUAGCUUUAGCCCCAGAAAUUCUCCAUUUCAUUCUUUAAAGUCCAAUUCGUGCGUUUCGGGCAAUGAAUUUGAAAAAUUCCAAGUUUUACAAACGCAUCCAGGAGCUGCGACGCUUCUCGAAGGAGAAGAUCCGCAAGGAUCGUGAUCAGCGCACCAGCGUGAGGCUGGACAUGGCCCUCAGCGAGCAACGGCCUGGCCAUGACUCUGAUCUCGAGUGGUCCAGCUCCCCCCGGCGUCACAUCUCACCACGCCGCCGCAUCAAGAAGACCAAAACAAAAAAGAAGUCGGCUGGCACCCGUCUGACAGCUGGCAAGGACACUGUCUGCUCCAGUCCCGCUGACGGGGAGCUGCAGGCAGAUGAUGGGAUACAGAGCUACAUCCAGCUGAACGACAAGUGCUAUCGGCUCUCCUGCACGAGGCAGCUGGCUGGCAAGGACUCGCGCGUUGAUGCCAGCUCCACAAGCGAGGCCAAGAGCGCCAUUUGCGUGUCCAACUCCCGCUACGCGAUGAUCGGCAAGAUAUCCAAGACGCUGGGCUAUAAGCUGGUCAAGGAAACGAAGCUGUGGAACAUUCUCUGGUCGGACUCGUUCCCCGGCGUGGAGCUCUUCAAGAACAUGAAGCGCUUUCAGCAGAUCAACCACUUUCCCGGCAUGAUCGAGAUCUGUCGCAAGGAUUUGCUCUCCAGGAAUCUCAAUCGCAUGUUCAAGGUUUAUCCGCACGACUACAAGAUCUUCCCCAAGACCUGGAUGCUGCCAGCGGACUAUGGGGAUGCCAUGAAUUAUGCGCUGACCCACAAGCGCACCUUCAUCCUGAAGCCAGACUCGGGCGCACAGGGACGCGGCAUCUGGCUGACCAACGACCUGAAGACCAUUGGGGCCAACGAGCGGCUCAUCUGUCAGACCUACGUUCAUCGACCCCUGCUCAUCGAUGGCUACAAGUUCGAUCUGCGGGUGUAUACCCUCAUCACAUCGGUGGAUCCGCUGCGCAUCUUUGUGUACAACGAGGGCCUGGCCCGGUUCGCCACGAACAAGUAUGUGGAGCCCACGCCGGGCAACACCACCGACCUGUACAUGCACCUGACCAACUACUCGGUGAACAAGCGGAACAGCCACUACGAGCUGUGCGACAACGAUGACUGCGGCAGCAAGCGGAAGCUGAGCGCCAUCAACAACUGGAUGAGCAGGCACAACUACGACGUGAAGGAGUUUUGGACGAACGUGGACGAUGUGAUCAUCAAGACCGUGCUCAGUGCGUGGCCGGUGCUGAAGCACAAUUACCACGCCUGCUUCCCAGGCCACGACAAGAUCCAGGCCUGCUUCGAGAUACUCGGAUUCGACAUUCUGGUUGACUGGAAGCUGAAGCCCUACAUUCUGGAGGUGAACCACUCGCCCAGCUUCCACACCAACGAGCAGGUGGAUCGCGAGGUCAAGCGUCCACUCAUCCGGGACACUCUCAGUCUGGUCAGCGCCGUGCUGGCGGACAAGAGGCAGAUCAUGCGCGAGGAUCGCAAGCGAGUCAAGCAGCGUCUGCUCAAGACAAAGGGCGAAAGUUUGCAGCGUCCACGCGCCAACGGUGGAUCCUCCAUUGGCAAGCCAAAGAUAGACGUGCAGCCCGAGGAUGAGUUGGACUCGCUGGCCCAACAAAUCGCCUGGGAGGACAGUCACAUGGGCAACUUCCGCCGGAUCAUGCCGCCCGUUGACGCCACCAAAGCCGAGUACUACAGCCAGUUCUAUGGCCAGACCAAUCAGGUGUCCAUCUUCGCCGAGACGGCGGCCAGCAAGAAGCGGGAGGAUCUUGCACGCAAGAUGCGCCUCCAGAUCGAGGAGAAGAAGGCCAAGCAGGAGCUGAUGCUGAAUGGGCGCAACAAGACUGACAAGCGCAAACGUCAGGUCGUCCUCCUGCCACGUGCUGUGCGCGAGAAGAACCGCGUACAGCUCUACCGACUCCAGGAGCACUGGGUGCCGGGCUUCAUCUCCGAUGCGGAGGAACGACUGCGUCACACCUGGCUUCAGAUGCGCUCCGAGGCGAUCAGGUCGCUGCGUAUCACCGAGAGUGUAUAUGCCACGCUGUACGAGGCGGGCAAUCUGUCCAACACGGACAUGACCGUGUAUCCGCAUCUGUACCAGCAUCUGCAGAACGGCUUUGACAUCAAGCAGCACAUAUGAGAUGCC